AAGAACUACAACUCCCAGAAAGCCGCGCGCAGGACUUCCGGGCGCCUUUUCCGGCCGGGCCGCGCGGGCGCAGGAGCAGCCGGGAGUGACCAUGACGAAACUGGCGCAGUGGCUCUGGGGCCUGGCGCUCCUGGGCUCCGCCUGGGCGGCCCUGAACGUGGGAGCUCUGGGCUUGGAGUUACCCGCGCCCUGCCGGGACGUCCUGUGGCCACUGCCCGCCUACCUGCUGGUGGCCGCUGGCUGCUAUGCUUUGGGCACUGUGGGCUAUCGCGUGGCCACGUUUCACGACUGCGAGGACGCCGCCCGCGAGCUGCAGAAUCAGAUCCAGGAGGCCCGAGCGGAUUUAUCCCGCAGGGGCCUGCGCUUCUGACACCCUGGCCCCUCCCGUCCCCAUUAAAAAGCAAGUUUGUUUUCUAA